CUCCGAAUCAACCUGCCAAGUUAAGUAAUCAUGUCACCCAAUGAUUCUUCUCUUUUGUUCACCUGCGGACCCCGCCGCAAACAACCUCCAUGAUCAAAGCAAGCCCUUCUCCGCGGCAGACGCCGGGGUUCCGUCCGUCGGCCGUGGUUCUCUCCUCUUAUAGACCGUUCUGGCUGCUGCUCUCCCCUCAGUCUUCUUCCCCUCACCAUCAUCGCCUUCUCUCCCUCCUACAUCUCGGUGAAGAAGACCUCGUGGCAGUCAUCCUUCACUAAGUAUGCGGUCCUCUACUCAGCACUCCAGUCUCGUUCUCGCUUUGCUGGCCCUACCUCUAGCUCUACCAGCAUCAGCAGAGAGAAUUCUCGGGGCUUAUAUCUUUGCUCGUCAUGGAGAUCGAACGGCCAAGGUGCUGAAGAAUACGGAGCUAACCGACCUGGGCUACAGCGAGGUUUAUCAGACGGGCAGCUACUGGCGUAGCCGGUAUAUCGACUCGAACUCGUCUCUCCAGAUUCAAGGUAUCAACGAGAACAUCGUGAAGCUGAGCCAGAUCAGUGCCUCAUCGCCGUCUGAUGAUGUGCUUCAGAACUCGGCUACGGGUUUUCUCCAGGGUGUCUACCCCCCUGUGGGCUCAUCAGCCAACCAGACCCUGGCUAACGGCAGUACGAUCGACUCUCCUCUGAAUGGAUACCAGCUCAUUCCAAUCGCCGUGACCGAGUCUGGUUCGAACAGCGAGGACACGGCCUGGCUGCAGAGCUCGACCGAGUGCCAGAAUGCCGAGGUCAGCAGCAACAACUACUAUUCGUCGGCACUCUACAACUCUCUGCUUUCCUCCACCAAGGACUUCUACCAGUCCCUGUCAUCUCUACUAAAUGGAACUUUCUCCGACUCUCAGAUGAGCUUCAAGAACGCGUACACGAUUUUCGACUACCUCAAUGUUGGGUACAUUCACAACACCACUAAUGUCCCCACCGAGGAACAGCUUCACCAGGCCUUCCUCCUGGCCAAUAUCGAGCAGUACAAUCUGGCCUACAACUCUUCGGAAACCAUCCGCGCCAUCGCCGGUCAGAUCCUUGCGGGAGAUGUGCUCCUCGGCCUGAAUGACACCAUCACCUCCAAGGGCAAAUCCAAGCUGAACGUCCAGUUCGGCUCGUACGGCACGUUCAUGUCUUACUUCGGUGUGGCCCAGCUGCCCGCUGCGGACGUCAACUUCACGGGUAUGCCCGAUUACGCUUCCUCCAUGGCAUGGGAGCUGGUCACCAACUCUACGGAUUCUUUCCCUUCUACCUCCGACAUCAGCGUGCGCUUUGUCUUCCAUAAUGGUACUCUCUCGUCCGGCACGCCGACCGAGUACCCGCUGUAUGGCAAGUCGAGCUCUACCAUCUCCUGGGCGGAGUUCUCCGAGCUCACGAGCAAGAUUGCCGUGACCUCGACCAAGCAGUGGUGUAGUGUGUGUGGCAACACUGACGGGGAAUGUGCCGCUUUGUCAACCAGCUCGAACACCACGACCACCACUUCGUCGCAGUCGAAGGGUAGUGGUGGCGUUUCCAGGCCCGUAGCCGGUGUCAUCGGUGCGAUGGUGACCCUGGCGGUGAUUCUCGGUCUCGAGGCACUGCUGCUCCUUGCGGGGGGAUUCCGCAUCACCAAGAAGCGCGCGUCUGUUGCUGCCGCUGCAGCUGGUUCUGAGAAAUAGCCCGGUAAGCGAUGAAGGUAAUCAGGUUCUGUGACUAGGGCGGUAAUGACUGGAUGAUUUAUGGUAGGAUAGUCAUUCAUUUAAAAUGAUUUUAUGCAAUCAUGAUUCGAGAGAUAGCGAAAGGACUCACAAAAACUUCACCAAGAUCUUCCCAAUCGUAUCUUAUCACUUCACUCGUAUCGAUACACCAGGGUCGAGGUGCUACUCGAGGCAUGACCACUAAAGAGUCAGAAACCAUGACACCACUUUAGCAAAUGGAAGUUUAUC